AUGGCCGAUCCCAAACAGCUAAAAGAAUGCGCCACGACGGCCUUUACAGAUGGUAGAAUCGCAGAGUGUCCAGACGUCGGAUACGGCGGAAAUUACGACAAAGAAAACUUCUUCGGUAUUGUCCAAAGUGUGGAUGAAAAAUAUGGCAAUAAUAUUGCACAGUACUUGAACGAAUGUGUCGAUCGGGAUCACGGCGGUCUCAACAGUGAUCGAGUCUACCACUUUGCAGCCCUUGCAGUUGCUGCGGCCAGAGGCUACUUUGAUGGCGAAAACUAG